AUGAGUUCCGAUCCACUCCUUCACUCAUCGCUGGCUGUCAGCGGUGCCAGUCAAUACGGGAACGACAUCCCCCAGUCUCCCAGCAAGCAGGCAGAUUUUCUCUCCAAGAGAGCGAAUUUCAAUGCUCAGCAGCGCAUAUCUCUGGGAGCCUUACCCAAUGAGGUCCUGACUCACAUCCUCUCUCAUCUGCCACCGCCAUCGUUAUCGUCCAUCUCGCUUGUGUCCCGCCGCUUUCAUAGUUUGGUCACGACCCCCCAUGCCUGGAGAAUUGCAUUCUGCCGGUACUUCCCGGGUCCAUACGCUGUGGAAAAUGGCGCCCGUCUCUCUGCAACGGACGGCUCGGAUAACGUGGCUUCAAAUAAGCGGUACUUCUCGAGACUGACUGCGCUAGCUUCGUGGAGAAGCGAGUACAUUCUGAGGACCCGCUUGUUAAGAUCGCUUUCAAGGGGCAAGCCAGCUCAAUUCGAACCUUCCAAGAAAUAUGGUACGGUUCGAGCUGCCAAUGUACGUAAUGGCAGCGCUGUAGCCACCUACACUUCACAGCUUAUGUACCCCGUGAGUCACCUCGGUGCUUCUUUCGGUGCAGAAGAUACCAGGAAAGAACCACAUUUUAUUCAUGGUGCGUCGGAGCAGGGAAUUGCAUCUGCUAGCGACCCUUCGACUGUCAAAGUCGGUACGUGGGGCUUGUCUGAUCAUCAAAUGUUCCGGCAUUUUGCGGACUUGUUUCCUGGCGAUGCUGAAUAUGGCCUUGGAUCCGGCGACCUUGUUGGGCAACCCAACUGCAUGGACGUCAGUCAGCCAUAUGGCAUGAUCUAUGGCGAAGGUUGUCCGCAAGGUCGCAGUUACUUUAUCUCGACUACGGAGCAGCGUGGCCGUUUCCUUGGACUUGUGGAAUCGAGCUCCCAACCGCAACAGGGCGUCCCUGCGCUCAACCCGGCAACAACUUCAAUCACUGCUGUCUGGAUCGCCAAGUCCGCGCACAUCCUUAAAAUGACGGGAGGCUUGGUUGGAAUGCUAUCUGGCUCAUCUGUCGGUAUCCUUACAGCCUACGCGCUCGGACCUCAUCCUACUUAUGAGAAGCGGUUUGAGAGAGGACAAGUCACGGCUAAAUGGGCUAUCUGCCCGGGAGUCCCCAUCAUUGGUAUCGCUGUUGAUGACAACUAUUCCAAAAAUCGCUCCUCUCGUGGCAGGAUAUGGGCAACGGUUCUUAACGCUCUUGGAGAGGUGUUCUACCUAACAGAAAUACCUCGACAACCCGAUAUUGCAGCAAAGUUAAGCGCGGAGGAAAUUGAUCAGCUUGCUUGGAAAACUGGUAGAAGUGUUCGAUGGGAGCUCAUAGAACUGAGCAAGCGGACUGCGCGACCAGACCCGUUCAACAGGGACCCUGUCGAUGGAAGCUACAGCCCUAGGUCGUCGUCAGACUCAAUGAAGCUGGAUGAACAACAGAUAGCGGCCGAAACCAAGGAGAUUGAACGUUUUCUGAAAUUCAGACCCAAACAUUUCCGAAAGGUUUGCAAGGGCUGGGAUAUGAGACGUGAUUUAAAAGUCGACUUUGCUGGUGAUGACGGCCUUGGUGCCGGUGAAUCAAUCAUGGUUAUUACUCGAGGCGCUGGUGAAGGUGAAAAAGCCUCGAUUAGCAGGUUCACUAGAACAAUGUUGAAGUCCGAUCUGCCAGCGGCUUCUGGAACCCUUCCUCAUAUUACUGGUGAUGCUACGUUCAGGUCCCUUUUUGGUGGACCUAGCCAUACACCUAUCCCAUCCUCCGCUUCGGACGCGAGUAGUCUGCCUCCGUCCAGAACUUCGAGUUACCUUAGUGAUACAGUCGUCUGCUCGGUUGCAAACACAGAAUGGCGCAUGUCAGACUUUGGCUUCGGUGACCGAAAGUCCAUCCGAAUUACUACAAGCGCCUUGGAUUCUUCCACUUAUGCCGUCCUGACGGCUGACGAGGAUCCACUACUCGGGAUGUCUGGUGGCUCGGGGUUCUCAUCGGCCAUGUCGUCCCCAUUGCCGCACUUGAAGCAGUCGUCCUCGAACCCUGAAAUUCCCGGAAGCCGAGGACGAUACCUCGCUGUUGGCACCGCCACAGGUCUGGUGUUCGUAUGGGAUAUACGGGCGCCGUCGGCCAAGAGUACCGAUAUUAUCAACUCCGUGUCGCCACUCAGGAUCAUCCAAACUGACUCACCACAGGUGUCAUGUGUUGCCCUGACAUCCCUAUAUUUGGUGCACGGUGGUAACGACGGACUUGUGCAAGCAUGGGAUCCUCUUGCGUCUACCACACGUCCUAUUCGGACAAUCAAUUCACGAUUUUCUUCUAGAGCUCGGCGCCGCUUAGUGCAAGCGGAAGCCUCCAUGCAUGGAGUUGGCAAUAACUUCUUCGCAUGUGGAGCCAUAUGCCUUGAUCCGGAUCCGACUGUGUUGAGAGGCAUGGUCGCUCUGGGAACGCACCUGCGGUACUGGGCUUUUAGCUCCUCGGGCGCAGAUCAAUACAAGAGUAGGAAGCGUCGACUUCGCCGCGGCCACAGGGGUAGCGACAUCACUGCUGAGGGUCAACGAUUCAGCAGCAGUGGCCGUGGAGCCCUCAAGGAGUACAUAGAGGACGAGAAGGUGGAAAUUGAACGACAGAAAGUUGCCGAAGCGAAGGAAAGGGCGUAUCUCAGCAACCGGUUCGGCAUCGAUCUAUUAGGAUCGGAUGUCAGCGAGGACCAGCUUCUCGCCUACGCACAAUUACUGAGCGAAGAAGCUUUCGCUAGUGAAGCUCUCAAGCGCGGUGAAGCAGUGGUUAGCUCGGUGGUCAGCACCUCUCCAAGUGACACUAUCGGUCGCAAUGAUAGUUCUGUCGCAGCAGACGACUAUUCGUCCUCAUCCUCUCCGUACCAGGACACCAUCGAUGAUGAUCUUGCACCUGAUAUUGCUGAAGCUAUCCGCCUGAGCUUGCUCGACGAAGGACCUUCGCAAGAAAAAUCUCCUUAUCCUGUUAAGUUCUCGAGAAAGCUUCAGUCGAGUUACGGUAACAUCUCACCAUGCGAAUUAUCAGGUGCUGAAAGCAGCCGCCAGCGAGAGCUUGACGAUCUGGAGCUUGCCAUACAGUUGAGUCUUGCGGAGAGUCAGAGUGUCGGGCAACCAGAGAGACAGCAAGACAGGGAAUAUCCUUUGUUGAGUACAUUCUCACCAGCGUCUGACAAGGGUAAAGGCAAAGGAAGAGCUUUGUAG